UAAUUGUUCAAAUGAAUGUAAUAUUUUUUAUGAUAUUAAUGACCUCAAGUUUACAGUUCUGUGGUCCUUCAGGGCAGAUUUUACCAACCUUUAUUGAAUUAUCAGAAAAAUCACACAGCACAACUGCUAAAUAAACAUUUCACAAUUUGCACAGAAAAAAUUAUGAUCUCAUCUCACCUUAAAUUUUUCUUACUCAGUGUGCAUGCUAUGAGUAAUGCUGUUGGAUGAAUAGCAGCAGGCAGAUACAUACAGUAGGUUAAAUAUGUACCUUCUGCCAUUUUGUGAAAGAGCAUUUCAUUGUUGUGCCGAUCACUAGACGUCGCUGGCAUAGAUAGAUGAACGAAGACAUUAUUUUGUAGUAUAUAAAUAAUUAUUAAGCCAAAAUGGAUAAUUUCACGCCGCACACCAACUACUUAUAUGCUGCGGAACUGUGGUUGAGAAUCAUUGUCUUCCUCACUUUUUCAGAAAAAAAAAGGACCUCUUAACCAGUAAAUAUAAAUUGGCAGAUCGCUUGAUCUCCACAAAACAAUUUCCAAAUUGACCUAAAUUUAGAAGAAAAAUAUUGUCCAAAGUAGCGGAACAGUCCUAAAUGGAAUCUAAACUGGUUUAUCAGCGAUUGUACACCAAAUAAGUAAAUAUAAUCAGUCAAUCAAACUUUAUUUAUAAAGUGUUUUUAUACAUAAAAUGCAGUUCAUAAUGAAUUAAAAUUAAUUCAAUGAAUUAAAAUGAACCCCUCCCGCCAUUUGUCCACAAGGACGUAGACACACACACACACACACACUCAAACAGAAUUUAAAAAUAAUGUAGUAAUGACCUAAGGACCUGAGGGUGGGUACAGAGCAUCCAGGUGAGGAAACACUUAACUCACAGAGCCGGCAGCAGCAGGACCAAAUCGCAGGCUGUGGCCAGAGGCCAAGUCCUUUGGGCCCGAGUCCAGCAGGGAGCCCUGCAGCGUCGUAGCGGGAGGCUGCACGCAAAGCGACCAGGGACCCCAUGAGGCAAGACCACAACUCCCAAUGCAGGGGGCUCCCUCGGAGUAAACAUCCAUCCAUGUAAACUUGUUAACAUAACAGACUUACAACUCUAUAGACAUAUUGGGAAAACUUUAUUUACUGUAGAAAACUUUAGGGCGCUAUUUAUUUAUUUAUUUAAGUUUUCAUUUAACUUUAUAAGAUCUGCUGCUGAGCCUGGAGCACAGUGCAAAUUUUCUUUGAAUUUUACAACAAAGAUGUUUAUUAUCUAAGAUUUAAAAAAAAAAAAGAAAAACAUUUGAAAAACCUUUGUUGCUAAUAUGAAAAGCUGUUUAAUAAACAUGCUUAAAAUCAUUGAAACGAAUUAAAGAGUUAGAUUUUGUAUUAUUAAAAAUUUUGUUGCCAAUAUUUUCCCUUUAUUUGCAAAUGAAUAUCAGUUCUAAAUAUUGGUUAUCAGCCUCCUUGACCAUUAAUAAUCAGUAUUGCUAUUGGCCCUUAAGAAAAACAUCAGUCUGUCGCUAAUUUAGAGUCCAAAUAAACCGCCCCUUAAAAACCUUUCUCAUACUCUUUAACACAACAUUUUGCAUGCGUGGUCAUUGUGAUGAAAAUGUAUGACCACCCCCAAAAAAUUGGCACGGUAGGGCCAUCUGGAUUUCUUUUUUUUGGGGGGGGGGGGAAUUCACCCCCAGCGGCCAGUUUCACUUACCAUCAUGAAAUUUGGGAGACAUGUCAAUCAUGGGUAGACCUACAAAAAAGUCUCAAAAACCCAUGCCUGAAAACACACAGGAAGUCUGCCAUUUUAGUCUGCAGCACUGCAUUGUACUAGAGUUCUUUCUAACACAUUUGUAUAGGGGCUUAAGGAUUUAGGAUGAUUGUAAAAUAAUUCAACAGGUUUUCAGUGAAGUCAGACCCAUUGCAGCUGAAAGCAAACAUGAUUGUGUCUGGAAUUGUAAUUAGAGUUUAGGUGGGGGUUGCGCGCUACCUCCAUACAGAACUUUGGGUUGGUGACAAAUGCCAUAAAGCCAACCAUUCUGGACCCCUGUGGUGUGAAAAAAGAUUGUGAAUGGUCUGUGAGGAAGGAAUUUGGUUGAGGGAAAAGAAAACCUCUUUUUCUGUUCCCAUUAGAAGCUCCAUCAUGUGUUGUUUCACUAUGGUGAAUAUGUGACUUAAAUUCAAUGGGGAGGGACUGUUAAACCCAUAGAUACUUUUCAUUUUUUUAUGCACAUAUAGUGUAUUCUAGGUCAUUAUUGACCAAGGCCAAGAAUAACCUUAUAAUAGUCUAUUAUAUAAAAUUUUGAUCUGUUUCGGAGAGAAAAAAUGCACCACUAAUUUUGUAUCUUACAUAUGUUUUAAUUUUUAUGUGUUUAUUAAGGGUAUUUUUAUUGCUAUCAAAAUGGAUACAAUUUGAAUUAUAUGUAGCGGUUAAAUAUUAGAAACAUGAUUGUGCAGGCUUUCAAAUGACCAAGUGGAGCCAUGACACAAUGUAUACAUCACGGACCUGCAGCCGAACGUGAGCAACCUUUGCUCCAUCCUGUCAAGAUCACAAAAGCCCGAAGAGAAUGUGUGUGUGUGUGUGUGUGUGUGUGUGUGUGUGUGUGUUUGUCUCAAAAGGUUACGCAAUCAGCACAGCACACUGGGACAACACAGACCUCCAGUGUGCUGGCGAAUUGGAUAAACUUGGAAAGUGAGGGGCUGUACUGGGGGGGUUUUGGGUUUGGUGUCGAUAGUGGUGCCGUUGGGAAAAACUCAUUUCAGGCAGCCUGCCCCUCGAUGCAUGUUGCAUAGUGAAACCUGAAUCCUUGGAAUUGGCUUCCUUUCGUGCAACAUCAUGAAAGGUGACACGGCACAGCAGAUGAAGGUGGAGGCCUCCAAUGGACACGGCACACCUCUGGACGUUGUGCUUAGUCCAGAGGAGGAGAUGACAGAAAGAGGUCAAUGGGGCAACAAGUUGGAGUUUAUCCUAUCUGUGGCCGGAGAAAUUAUCGGCCUGGGGAAUGUGUGGCGUUUUCCCUAUCUCUGUUACAAGAACGGAGGAGGUGCUUUCUUCAUUCCAUAUCUCAUCUUCCUGUUUACUUGUGGCAUUCCCGUCUUCUUCCUGGAGACGGCGCUGGGGCAGUACACCAGUGAAGGCGGCAUCACCUCCUGGCGGAAGAUCUGCCCUUUGUUUGAAGGAGUUGGUUAUGCCACUCAGGUGAUCGUAGCCCUGCUUAACAUCUACUAUGUCAUCGUGCUAGCCUGGGCCAUCUUUUACCUGUCCAACUCUUUCACCUGGGACCUGCCGUGGGCCUCGUGCAACAACACCUGGAACACGGGUACGCGUCAGACAAUGCAACCUCCGAUUGUGCUGUCAGAAGUAAUGCAUUUGAAACUUUCUGCAAUUCUAGGUUCCUGUGUAACGUUUCAGAAAAGGAACAGCUCCGUCAUCCCCCACGAGAACGCUACCUCUUCGGUCAUUGAAUUCUGGGAACGCAGGGUGCUGAGAAUUUCCUCGGGGAUCAAUCACCUUGGAUCUUUAAACUGGGACUUGGUGAUCUGUCUGGCCGUUGCCUGGGUCAUUUGCUACUUCUGCAUCUGGAAGGGAGUCAAGUCCACCGGCAAGGUGGUUUACUUCACGGCCACAUUCCCCUACGUGAUGUUAGUGAUCCUGUUGAUCCGAGGGGUCACCCUGCCAGGAGCGUCCCGGGGGAUCCACUUCUACCUCUACCCUGAUGUGGGGCGACUUUCCGACCCACAGGUGUGGAUGGACGCCGGCACUCAGAUCUUUUUCUCCUAUGCCAUCUGCCUGGGCUGCCUCACUGCACUGGGAAGUUAUAACAAGUAUAACAACAACUGCUACAAGGAUUGUUUGUCUCUGUGCUUCCUGAACAGCGGCACCAGUUUUGUCGCAGGCUUCGCCAUUUUUUCGAUUUUGGGAUUCAUGUCGUACGAACAGAACAUUCCCAUCUCCGAGGUGGCCGAAUCUGGUCCAGGGUUGGCCUUCAUCGCCUAUCCACGCGCUGUGUCCAUGAUGCCUUUCUCUCCUCUGUGGGCCUGCUGCUUCUUCAUCAUGAUUGUCUUUUUGGGACUGGACAGUCAAUUCGUGUGUGUGGAAAGCCUGGUGACGGCCAUGGUGGACAUGUAUCCGUCCACCUUCCGACGCAAACACCGCAGGGAGCUCUUCAUCCUCGCCGUGGCUGUGCUCUCUUUCCUUAUGGGCCUGAUCAUGCUCACUGAGGGAGGAAUGUACAUCUUCCAGCUUUUUGACUAUUACGCAGCCAGUGGGAUGUGUCUACUUUUUGUGGCCAUUUUUGAGACGGUUUGCAUUGCGUGGGUUUACGGUGCAGACAAUUUCUAUGACAACAUAGAGGACAUGAUUGGCUAUCGUCCAGGCCCUGUCAUUAAAUACUGCUGGCUAUUUUUCACUCCUGCAACCUGCUUUGGAACCUUUGCCUUUGCCUUGAUCAAAUACUCGCCUUUAAAAUACAACAAUGAUUACGUGUACCCUUGGUGGGGCUACGGGAUUGGCUGGAUAUUCGCCCUGUCCUCCAUGCUGUGUAUUCCUCUUUGGGUGGCAAUUAAACUAUAUUACACCCCUGGGACACUACGACAGCGCCUCACUCUCCUGACUACCCCUUCUGACGAUCUCCCUAAGCGCAAACGCGAGCGGGAGAACUUGUCGUCCGAUGGACUGCAUCAGAAGGCGCCUCCGAGCAAGGACGGCUACUCUCUCAUCCACCAACAGGAGUCCCACUGCUAGAGACUACAGGGUCGAAGUUUAGUCUGUGACCCACCCAAACACUUAAUGUCAUACCUCAUCAGGGUUACAGACUCUUGGGAGUCACCUGACUAGUUACUGCUGAUCUGGUGUGCAUGCAUACUUUGAUAUUUAAGCAUCUCAUUGCCAGUGGCAGAGUCACAUUUGGCCGUAAUUAUGACACAAUGUUACAAAAAUGACUGUCUUUGCCCACAUGUAGUCUUCAGAUUCAUAUUUUUACAUAAUAAAUGUUUACACUUGCAUAUGUAUGUUUUAUUGAUGAUUAAUGAUUUUUAUCACUCAUUAAAAAGCUGUUGAUUAAGAAAUA